UCGGGUAUUCGACUAGCCGCCUCUGGCCCAUUCGUUAAUGUUAUGUAGCAUUUAUUAUUAUUAUUUUUUAUUAAUAUUAUCGUUGUAUUUAGUUCCAAUUUUAUCAUUCGUUUUUUCUGUUAUGUGUUAAUAAGUUUAGUUCGUACUUUUUUGUAUCAAUUUAUUAAGUGUGUUAUGGUUUCACUCGAUCGCCGUAUUUGAUCACUUCUUGCUUCUCUGCAAUAAUUAUUGAAAUAUCGCAGAUAAGUAAUAAUGGGUGUUGACAAGCUUUUGGAAUACCUUGACAGUGGUAAAAUAGAAGGUAGUUGUGUCAAUGUCAAUCUUACUCAACUAGGACAUACAGUGUCCCAACAACUUGCUAAGAAAAUGGUUGUUAGGAAAGUUCACCAAAAUUUAAGUCAAAUUCAAGUAUCCAAAGCUCAAUUUUGUUUAUUGGUAGAUGCAGAGAGUUGCCUAGAUCGUUUAUAUGGAGGGUAUUAUUCAGAUUGGGUUUGUGGUGGACAAUGGAACCGAAUGGUAUCAUUUUUAACAAAUUUUGUCAAUAGUUUAAGACAGUCAAAUGUUCAUGUUGUGGUAUUCUUUAAUGGUGCUUUUGAAGAUGAACGCUUUAUUGAAUGGGUUCAAAAACAAGAAGAGACUCGUAACAGGGCUAAUGCUGUGUUACGACAUAUUGCUGCUAAAGGAACACCGCCACCUAAGGUAUGGUGGAUUCCGCCUGUUGGUCUACGAACAGCUGUAAAGCUCUACUUUCAUCAUUUGAAAAUUCCAGUUGUUUGCUCGGUUAAAGACCACCAUUUAGAGUUUAUUAAGUAUUGUAAACAAUAUAAAUUUCAUGGUUUGAUGGCUGAUGAUGCUGAAUACUUAGCAUUUGAUCCACCGCGGUUUUUCUCAGCUCAUUCUCUUAAACUUACAAUGCGACAAACAUUAGAAGCCAAAGAAUAUAUUGUCCCUCAGUUAAUAGAAGAUUUGAAAUUGAGCAAGGAUAAAUUAUGUGCUCUUCUCUCACUUUUAGGCAAUUUUGUAUUGCCUCAACCUGAACUUUAUGAUUAUUAUAAACGUUGUGGCAUAAAUCAAAUAAUAUCUAAGGUUUCAGGAGAAGAAGUUGUGAAAAAAAUAGUAGAUUCACUUCAAAAUUUACCUCCUAUUAACAACAAUUUAGAUGAAAUUGCAGCUCAUAUACUUGGACAUAAAGAUGAUAAACGAGUGCCUAAGUUAAAAAAAAGUAUUCAAUAUUAUUUAGACGGUACCAAAGAUAAUGCUAUUAAAAACAAAAUUAAAAGCCCAGAAAAGAAUAAAAAUAAUAUUAAAGGUAAAAAUUAUUCGUUAGAAUCACCAGCUGGAGUAAAUGAUUUUAAACAAUUGGGAUCUGAAACCCUCAAUUUGCAGGAAAAAUUAUUAUUAAAUGAUAAUUCUGAAUCUGGUUCAAAUUCUUUUAAUAUAAACGCUCAAACAUCUCCAUUAAACCAGUUGUCUCCAAAUAAAUCUAUUGAAUUUCAUGUUCCCGAAGUUUCUAUUGAUGUAGUGAAUACAGCAUACGAAAGGCAUACAUCUGGUCUGAUGUCCACUUAUUUAUACCAUAUCUUAACAAAGGCAGAAAUAAAACUACCUGUUGUGUUAGAAGAUGAAAUAAAUCACGAAAUUCCAAACAUACAUUUAUUUUAUAGACAAGCUCGUCAAAUGGUGUAUGGUAUUUUGUUUAAUCUUCAUCAUGCUCACUAUUUAGCAAAAUCAAAUAGCAGUCAAAAAGUUGAGUUACCAGUAAUGCAAGUACGUGAAUGGAUUAGAGACAAAACAAAUAUGUAUAAACAUUACCAUUUAGUAAAGGCUGAACCUUUAGGGUGGGGUGUUCCUACUGUUCAUAGACUUUGGUUUGGAACAACUCCUGAAGAUAAUAUAAGACGUUUGAGAGCGUUUCUUUCUUGUAUGCGUUCAGAUACUCCUCUUAUGUACAACACAGACUAUGUUCCUCAGCAUACAUUAAUCAUUGCAUGUGUUCUUAGAUACAUAAUGACUUUUACAGAAGUGCCUAUUCUUCAAAAAUUUGAACUAGAUGCACUUAUCAUCACAGCUGUUGCACCUGAAUUAUCAAAAAAUGAAAACACCCAAGAGUUACAAGGUACUGUUAGUGUGAGAGGUGUUCAAUUAGCCACUCUAUUAAUGUGUGGUAUUGAAACUGCCAUGUUGGCAAAUGAUGCUUGUGGUGCACCAUUACCAUGGUUAAUGACAUGUCCAUGGAUGUAUUUUGAUGGAAGAUUAUUUCAAUAUCAUUUGGCUAGAGCAUCCACAGCAAAUAAACUUGAAGAUUUAUGUGAAAAUCAUUUUUCUCUUACAAUUAAGGUUGAAAAAAUGAGACAGGCAAUUUUAGAAGGGUUGGGUGAACGUUUUCAAUCAAUUUCACCAUUCCAAGGAUCAUUUUUGGAUACCAUUUUCAAUCAAAGAGGAUUGAUUCCACCUCAGAUUAUGAAUACUAGCAUAGUUCAUACUAAUAUACCAUUUCCACAACAAAGACUGGGACGAUUGGUUAGUCAAAAUCCUAAUCGUUUUCGAGAUAUUCAACAAAAUAGUCGACAAAGGAGUGUUAUGAAACAGUCAUCUGGUGGACAAUUAGAAGUUGCUGGUGCUGUUGUUGGUAUAUGGGGAGCAAAUUAUAGUAUGGCAGCUACUGGAAGUUCAUACAUUGGUCGUGGUAAUAUUCUUCCUGCUCAACAUGUUAUGCCACCUGCUAUUGGUAGUCCAAGUUCUUUAUAUCAACAUGAUCUCAUACCAAGACCUGUGUUUAAUACACGUAAUUGUUCCAAACCUAUUCGAGGCCGUAGUCAAGUUCUAAAAAUACAUAAUAAUAAAAAAAAAAAUACUCAUAAUAUUGUAAAAAAAGAUAAUCAUAUCAAAAAGGUUCCUUCAAAAGGCCGCAGUGUGACGGCGGUUAUUCCCAAUCCGAGUGAAACAAUUUCAGCUUCAGAACUAACAGAAGAAUCCAAAUUAUCAAUAUUAAAUAAAGAAAAUCAAAAUAUUAAAGCAAAUGGAAUUGUUGAGAGCAUUUUGCCUUUAGUAAAUGGCAAUUCAUCAAUUGAAGGACAAUUAGGAGAUGCAACAUUAAAAGAAAAUGGCAUGUCAAAUUCUCAACCUGGAGAUACUCCAUCUAAAAUCAUACAAAAGCCGUCCAAAGUGGAGGCUGAAAACUGAUUAAAUAAAGCAGAUAUUUAAAAUACGCCGACGCCUUGUAAGUAUAAACUAAUAACUUAUAAGUAUCAACUCAAGUUUUUUUUUACUUUGUAAAUAAUGGCCAACGAAAGAUGAUGUUGAAAAAUGUGAAGAAUGGCGCUAAAUGUUAGUCAUUAUUAUUAAUUUUUACGUAUUGUUUUUAUGUAGUUUUUAUUCUUUAUUUUUGUAAAUUAUUUGCGAAACAUUGUGUUAUCUGAAGGCGCCCACGGAUUAUAUUACAUUAUCCGAUAUGUGAACAUCGAAAGACUGAUAUUUAAAGUGUUGCAACAAACAUAUCAUUGUCUGGUAAUUGUUUGUGCAGCCAUGGUGAUAAUAAUUAGAUUUUAACGUUAUUAUAUUUUUAAAUCAAAUGAAAAAAAUAAUAUGAAUCGUUAUCCUUUGACUGCUGUUCAAAAGUAUUAUUGUCGCGGUGAUUGUUUUUAAUCAUAUUUUUGUAAUUUGUUAACCCAGAUACUUUUAUAAUUUCAUAAUACAUAUAUGAUUUUUAAUUGCAUUUACAAGCAGGUAUAUGCCUAUUAAAUAUCAGACAAUUAUAAAAAUAAGGGCCGCCAAAAAUAAUAAUUCAUUUAUGUUAAAUAAUAUAAUAUAUAUUGUAUUAUAACACAUGAAUAUUCUAAUGGAGAUGUAUCUCAUCCUGGACAACUAUAUUACGACUUUAACCCACUAUAAUGUAUGACUUAUACAAAGAAAAAUUAAUAUUUAAAGCGUUUUGUUUAAUUUACAACGCUAAAAGUAGGCAGAUAUUAUGCAGUUUGACAUAUAUUAAUCUGCUACCAGAGUAACUUGUUAUUAUCAACAAUUUUCCAACUUUGCUUUCAGAAGUAAAAUUUUAUAAUAAUUGUUAGUGUUUUUGUGUGUGAUUAAUGAUAAUUAUUUUCACAAUUUUAUGUUUCUCUAUUGAUUAUAAUUAACUUUUUAUUUGUUGUCUUUAAAAACAAACAAAUAAAACUUACAUAUUUGUUUUCAUUAACACUAAAUUAGAUUUUUUCUUAGAUUAUAAUCAUUAAAUUAUGUUUUAACUAACAAUGUAUUUAAAUCAAUAUUAAUAAUAUAUAUGUAUUCUA